CUCUCUUGUCAGCACUCAGUUACUGGACCAGCACACACGCAACACCUUCAGCUCUGUGUUUAACAACAGGUUCAUCUGGAACAGCUUUCUCUCACAGCUGAGAAAGCAGCUCUUGACAGGAUGAAGGCCGUGAUUGUGUUGCUCGUACCUCUUCUGCUUCCCUUGGUCUCUGCUCAGACAUUUCGUUGGGGCCCCUGCCCAACACCAAUGGUCCAGCCAAACUUUGAAUUAAACAAGUACCUUGGAAAGUGGUAUGAAAUUGAAAAGCUCCCAGCAUCCUUUGAGAAAGGCAAGUGCAUUGAGGCAAACUACAUGCUACGGCCUGACAACACUGUCCAAGUUGUCAAUGUUCAGACAUACAAAGGAAAAAUUAGAAAAGCAGAGGGCACAGCAAUCACUCAGGACCUGAGGGAGCCAGCAAAGUUUGGAGUCAGUUUCUCCUACUUCACUCCCUACGCCCCAUACUGGGUCCUGUCUACUGACUACAACAGCAUUGCACUUGUUUAUUCAUGCACUGAUGUUCUCCGGCUCUUCCAUGUGGACUAUGCCUGGAUCCUGUCCCGUUCACGCAUUCUGCCCGCAGAGGCCAUCUACCAUGCCAAAGAGAUCUUCUCACGUGACCACAUUGAUGUGAGCAAAAUGAUUCCCACAGAUCAGCAAGGAUGCGAUGGUCCUAUUUAAACAGAAAAGACUGAAAUAUAUAUAUAGGCACCAAAAUAUAUAUAUUUUGGUGCCUUCACUAUUACUAUUAUGAUUGAAAACGGUUUGAAUUAUCAUAAAGCUACUCAUAUUAUGUUGUACUUGGUUAUAAAUGUUUGGUAUUUGUCUUUGUUACUCUAAACUAAUUUUGUAAAGCAUCCUCUGGCUUUGGUAAUGUGCUAUAAAAAUAAGAUUUAUUAUUAUUAUUCAUAUGGCAUAAAACCAUCUGAACCCAGCUGGCACAUAUAAUGCUCCAUAUACAUAUUUUUGCACCUCUUCAAAUAAAUAAAUUAAAG